CACCCCAUCUGCCAGAGCCUCGCUCUUGUAGGCUAUCAGUGUUGGAGGAAAGCUUUCUCAGACGACAUCAGAAGAUUGCAAAGCCCAGAGACACUUUCGGACUCGCUCCUCGCUGUCCAUUGUCCGUCUAGCAGGUGAGUCUACUUACUCUGUCCUAUUCACCAUUGCGUGGGGUUUAUCCAUCAGCGCCAGUGGUGAUACAUCAUCAGAGCUGAUCGUGCUGGAGUUUGCUGGGCAACGGGACUGUGUGUGAGGACUGCGCGUCGUUGGCUCCAGCAUGGUGCCAGCAGAGGAUGGAGAGACCACAAACAGCGAUGCACUUCUCCGCCCUCCUGAGCAGGGACAUGGUGCAGACCCAGGACUCACCAAGACCCGCCGCAGACAGGGUUCUCCUGCUCGUAAACUGGCGCAAACCAGGAAGAUAAAGGACAAGAAGGACUUUAAGGAGACGGAGAAUCCAGAGGAGGCUGCACGGCGCCACAAGGAGCAGGAGUUGAAGCCCCUGUAUAAGGAGCUGCUGUACACUGUUGCACACAGGCAUGGCAAACCAGCUACCAAAGAGAUCCACACCGACGACCAGCUCUAUCACUACAUUCAGCAGGCAUUCAACAUGACAGAUGAAGAACAUAAGAGUUUGCUGAGAAAGGUGCAGGAGACACAGUCUCCUGCGUAUGGCUUGAUGGUCACUGUGAAGGAAGCCAAAGGCAUUCUGGGAAAAGACAUCAGUGGUUUCAGUGACCCUUACUGCAUCCUGACCAUCCUGCACAACGAGAAGGAGAAGAGCACCCGCAAGGCCAUGGCCAAGGCCAAGAAGGCCGUGGUGAAGGACGCAGCGUCUGAGAAAGAGAUCUUCCAAACUGACAUCAAGAAGCAAACCCUCAACCCCAAGUGGGACGAGACAUUUGUGCUGGAGUUUGAGGACAUGGCUGAUGCCAGUCUGCAUGUGGAAAUGUGGGAUAAGGAUGAAGAGUUGUCUCUGGUCCAGAAGCUGGAGGAUAUCCGCUCGAACUUGCAUGGCCUGGCUAGAAUGAUCAAAGAUGCCAAGAAAGAGAAGGGUGAAGAUGACUUCCUCGGGAGAAUUGUGCUCAAACUGGAGAAUCUUCACUGCAUAGAGGACAGAUGGUACACCCUGGAGCCCUGCACUGAGACAUACCCUGACCGGGGCAAGUGCCACCUGCAACUCAAGUUCAUCCACAAGGAGAGGGAUGAGACACUGAGUGCGGGCAGAAGUGCGUAUGUGAACUACUGCGGGAUCCUGCAGCAGUUUGUCCAGGCUUACAUCUCCAAGCAGCAGGGAAACGGCUCCUGGAAGGGCGACCUGUGUGAGGAAGGGACGGCUCUCCUGGAGUUCUACGCCACACAGAAUGACCUUUCACCUUUCCUGCAGGACCUGGGAAAGUGGGUUGCCUACAGUAAACUAUACCAGAGUUUGGAGGUGGACUCGACAGUGUUGUUUCAGCAGUUGACAAGUAUUGAGUAUCACUGGGACCAGCAGGAACUUCCCUACCAGCAGACGCAGGAGCUGGGAGACUCCCUGCAUGGCUUCCUGCAGUAUGGCCUGUGCCUGGUGGCCAAAUACAGAGACAUCUUCCUCCCCAAACCGACCAGCACCCCACGUCUGCAAACACUGCUCAGAGUGAUGGUGCAGAUCUGCAAGACCAGGGCCUUUCAGAAGCUCAAUCCAGCCCAAUUUGAGCUGCAUGUGGAGGUCACAGAUGCUGUUAAAACGGGCACCAAGGAGUGGUUCAACAUCAAGAAGGGCCUCCAUCAGCCCAUGACCAAAGACCUCUCUGAGAUUGUGAGUGCUCUGUCUAAGCUCAUCACUGAGGUCAAGGAGGACAUCCGUAUCAGCAAGGACAUGUGGAACAGGGUCUUUGUCAGUGCGGUACAGUUGGAUGUCUUCACUGUGGUCUACCAGAUCCUGGACAGCUUGUUGGCGGUGGAGAUGAGGGAGACCCUGGCCCAGGUGGAGAAGCAGAUGGAGCAGUCUCUGGCCAACUCCCUCUUCCCUGUCUACCUGAGCCUUCAGGACAUCCACAAAGAGAAGGCCUUCCUGCAGAAGAGGACCAACCUUCUGCAGCUGACAAACUUCCAUGAGUGUUUCCGUGAAGCGCUCCCCUACUGGCUAAACAAGGCCUUCAGUACUACCAUGGAGAGAGUGGAGAAAGCUGUGGAGGUGGACAAGUUGCAGCCACUGCAGGGCGGCUCGGUGCCCAUCAAGCACAGCUCCUCUGCAGUGGACCUGGCAGCCUGCCUGCAGCCCAUCGCUAAGCUCUGGGAUCAGCUGGCCUGGCCUGAUCCGGAGGAGGGCUUCAUGCUCAUGGUCAAACUCACCGAGGACAUGUGUAAGAUUUCAUCCACAUACUGUCAGAUGUUGAAACAGAGGGUGAAGAAGUUAUCAGAGACCUCAGACCCGGGCAGUGCAAUCAACAUGUUGUGUGUGGUGGUGAACGACCUUGAGCACCUUCGCUCUGUCCUCACUAAGCUGCCAGGACAGCUCAACUGGGCGGGGCUUCGGGAGCGCACGCGUCUUGUGAUCACCGACACCCAGUUCCAGAACACGCUGCCGUCCCAGUUGCAGCACACACAGGCGGCUCUGACACGUGAGAUCCGCUCAGCCAUGGAGACUCUUGGCAGACAGUUGAACACUGAUAUUGAGGCCUACGUGCGAAAUAUGGCAACACGUCACAGACUUCCUUCUAAGUCCACGGAGGAUGCUGUGGUUCCCCUGAUGCGCUACCUGGAGAAAGAGCUGCAGUACAUGAACGAGAACUUGGUCCAGGAGAACUUCAACGGUCUGUUAACGCCACUGUGGAAUAGUUCUCUGAAGAUCCUCCAUCAGGUGUCUACACAGGAGGGGGGCAACCUCGUCUACUUCCAGAGGCUAGACCACACGCUUCAGUGUCUGGAGCAGUGCUUCCAUGCAGAUGGAAAUGGACUCCCACUGGAAACACUGCACACUGAAGAGUACAAGGUUGUGAGAGCUCAUCUAACACAGAAUGCAUUGAACAGCAGGCAACUGAUUGAGAAGUUCCUGGAGAGAAAAGUAUAUCAGCAGAAGGUGGUGAGUGGGGAUAAGUAUGGAGCAGUGACCCUCAUCACCUGCUACAAGUGAAACGAUCAGAAGCUCCAGGUGGAGGUGCUUAACGCCAGCAACCUCAUCCCUCUGGACUCCAAUGGUGCCAGUGACCCGUUUGUGCAGCUCUCUCUAGAACCGCGCCAUAACUUCCCAGAAGUAGAACCUCGAAGCACCAAGAUCAAAAGCUGUGACCUCAACCCUCUCUUUGAGGAGGGCUUUGAGUUUAUGGUGUCUCUGGAGCAGUGCCAGGCUCCGGGAGCAUCUCUGGUGGUGACGGUGUUGGAUCACGACACGUUGCGUAGUGACGACUUUGAGGGCGAGGCCUUCCUGUCCCUGCGGGCUAUCCCAGGGGUGGGGGGCAUCGACACGUCCCCCGCACAGAUACGCCUGCCCCUCAUGCACCCUAAACCCAACAGUGACAACUACCUGAAGCUGCUGGAGGCUCGGCGGGAUGAUCGCGAGGCGCAGUCGUUCGUGAAACUACGGCGACAGAGGGAGAAGAAGUCACAGGAGGCUUGAGGAGAGUGGUGUGGAAACCUCUCUCUCUCUCUUUCCCCCCAGGAUCA